ACGAAUAAAGGAAGCAAAAGCAGCUUAAUAUUCCUCCAUUAAAAUAUUUCCUUCAAAACCUUCAGUUUGGCCGCACUGUUUGGGUUGGUGAAAGAGAGAGAUUCAUCUACCUCUCUUCUCUCUCCCCUAUUAGGUUUUUCCAAUUUCCCAUUUCUUCUUCGAAAUCACAAAUCCCUUCAGGAAAAACUCCUUUCACCCAACCCCUUUACUUCAUGCGGCUUUGUAUUCUAUCUCUUCUCUUCCUCGAAUUUUCCGCUCUUAAAAUGGGUAUUCUUUAUUAAUUUGUUUCUUCUUCCCAAUACCCUCUUCGCCGUUUUCGACUAUUUCAAAAGGGGUGGCCUUAAUUUCUUCCUUAGCAGAUUGCUUGCUCGGUUUUGAUUUAUGGGUAGGAAGGAAAUUCGAGUCUUCGAUGAUACAAACCAUGGCUUCUUCACGGUUUCUGGUUUGGGAUCUCAAUGUCGUAUUCAUCACGAUGAAUCUUUUCUACCCGGUGGCUUAUUUGCAAGCGUGGGGCAGAUGGGUGUCGGCUUUGGAAUUUCUCCAGAUUCUUCCAAUCCUCGCAACAAUGGUGGCAACAAACUUGCUUACACCGAUUUGUACAUGAAGUACUUAUCUUGGGUUGAGGGUUUUCGGAUUCCUGGGGCUAAUGAAGAGGAGGAAGGGGUUGUGAAGAAGAAGAAGAAGGUUGGGCUUAGAUUGAAAGUUAAAGUUGCUAAUCCUUCACUUAGGAGGCUGAUGAGUGGGGCUAUUGCUGGGGCAGUGUCAAGGACCUGCGUGGCGCCAUUAGAGACCAUAAGAACACAUCUAAUGGUGGGGAGUAGUGGAAAUUCUACCACAGAAGUGUUUCAUAAUAUCAUGCAAACUGAUGGAUGGAAGGGAUUGUUUAGGGGAAAUUUUGUUAACAUCAUUCGUGUUGCACCUAGCAAGGCCAUAGAGCUAUUUGUGUAUGACACAGUCAACAAGAAUCUCUCCCCUAAACCUGGCGAGCCUCCAAAACUUCCUAUUUCUGCCUCAUUUAUUGCUGGGGCCUGUGCAGGAGUUAGCUCAACAUUAUGCACGUAUCCUCUCGAGCUACUCAAAACCCGAUUGACAAUACAGAGAGAUGCGUACAAUGGUCUAUUCGAUGCAUUCUUAAAAAUACUUCGAGAAGAGGGGCCUGCCGAACUCUACAGAGGCCUUGCCCCAAGUCUGAUUGGAGUAAUUCCAUAUUCUGCAACUAAUUAUUUUGCAUACGACACAUUACGAAGAGCCUAUCGGAAAAUAUUUAAGCAAGAGAGGAUUGGAAACAUCGAAACCCUUUUAAUUGGCUCGGCAGCUGGUGCCUUCUCAAGUAGUGUUACAUUCCCACUCGAAGUAGCACGUAAGCAAAUGCAGGUGGGAGCACUGAGCGGAAGACAGGUUUAUAAGAAUGUCAUCCAUGCACUUGUAAGCAUAUUCGAGAAAGAAGGCAUUCCAGGUCUAUUCCGAGGGCUGGGUCCCAGCUGUAUGAAGUUGGUACCUGCAGCCGGGAUUUCUUUCAUGUGCUACGAGGCCUGCAAGAGGAUCCUCGUCGAAGAUGAUGGCGAAGAGUAGAGACUCCUUUCUUACAUGGCAUGAUAGAGCAAGCAAUUCAUGCUCUGUACUAGAGAGAGGAAACACAGUUUUGUUUUCCGUUUUUUUUCCUCCAUUUGCGUUUGUUUUGCCCCCACUCCCAACUCAUUAACUAGAUUUCUGGUAUUUUGCUAAGAUUCAGUUCAAGGACCCUUUUAGAAAGGCUAGAGCUGUUUUUUAUUUUUUACUAUUUAUUUGGAUAAUAUCUUCUAUGACACUGUUCCCAUUGUUGAAGAAUGGAUAAGUACUUGGUACUAGUUGAACAUAUCCAGUGUUGACAAAACUGUUGCUAGGAGUGAUGUAUAUCACCUUUAUGAAGAUAAAGAUAGGUUUUUCUUCUUCAGAUGAAAA